CCGGGCGGGGCGCGCCGGGGCCGGGCGGGCGGCGGCGCAGCUCGUCUCGUCGCGGCCGGACGUUCCCAUCCCCACCUCGCGGGGUGGGGCGGGGCGGGGCGGCGCACCGGGGCCCCGGGCGGCCGGAGGGGCGGGGGCCGGCCCCUCCCCCGCCCAGCGACGGCCGUGGGGGCGGGGAGGCACCGCGCGGCAGCAGAGGCGCCCAGCGUCCGCAAGAGCUGCGAGGGAGGGGGACGGGGCUCGCCCGCCUGUGGGGGCCUUUGUCUGGGCGGCCGGGCCGCGCCGAGCCAAGCCGCGGGGUGGCGGGGCGGCUGCCCCCGCGCGGGGCCCCGCCGCGGCGUUACGUGGUGUCGCGGGGCGGGGGGCGGGCGGGCGGCGGAGCCUCCACCCACCGGUCCACCCUGCCUGUAGCACAUCAUGUGAUGCGGAUCUCCAAGGCAGUAAGAAAAAUUUGUAACGCUCUAAAAAGAGAUUUUGAAGUCUAAAGCAAUCAUGGAUGCAAAACUUAGAACACUGUGUUCCCAAAUGAAGGAUGCAGACAGAAAGCUCCCACCCAGAUGGGUUAUACUCCUUUCCAGUGGCAGCAGGAUUGAAGUGGAUCGAGGGACGGAUGGAUGACUGAAUAUUCAUAUGAAGAGGAAAGCCAUAAAAGGUGAUGGAAGAAAGAAGGAAGAACAGAACUGGAUGGCUUCUUUCAUUCCAAACUAUAGUUCCACUGUCGCCGGUCUUUCUGAUGCCAUCCCACAGUAAUCAUGGGAAAGCAGUGCAAAGACAUCAGCGCCCUUGAAAACAGAAUGUUAAUGCUUGAUGGGAUGCCGGCAGUCAGAGUCAAAACAGAGCUGCUGGAAUCUGAGCAAGGGUCUCCAAACGUCCACAACUAUCCAGAUAUGGAAGCUGUACCCUUGUUGCUAAAUAACAUGAAGGCAGACCCCCCAGAGGAUUCAUUGUCUACAGACCAUUUCCAAACACAGACUGAACCAGUGGACUUGUCAAUAAACAAAGCCAGGUCAUCCCCUACAGCAGCUUCAUCUUCACCAGUUUCCAUAACAGCAUCAGCCUCCUCCCCUUCUUCUACUUCUACUUCUUCUUCGUCUAGUCGGCCAGCUUCAUCACCCACAGUAAUAACGUCUGUAUCUUCAGCGGCAUCUGUACCAUCAGUAUUAACUCCAGGUCCUCUUGUGGCCUCUGCAUCUGGCGUUGGAGGCCAGCAGUUUUUGCACAUUAUCCAUCCAGUACCACCUUCAAGCCCCAUGAACUUACAGUCCAACAAAAUGAGUCACGUGCACCGUAUACCAGUGGUAGUACAGUCGGUACCUGUUGUCUAUACAGCUGUGAGAUCACCUGGGAAUAUGAACAACACUAUAGUAGUACCACUGUUGGAGGAUGGGAGAAGCCACGUCAAAGCACAAAUGGACCCCCGAGGCCUAUCUCCCAGACAAAUUAAAAGUGACAGUGAUGAUGACGACCUGCCAAAUGUGACCUUAGAUAGCGUUAAUGAAACUGGAUCUACAGCGCUCUCCAUAGCCAGAGCAGUACAAGAAGAGAGCAUGUGGGGCUGUGCCAGGUCAGCUGUUAACCCUUUUCGUUUUUUCAACUCCAGUUCAAUUUCACCAUUCAGUAUUGAGAGCACAAGGCGUCAGAGAAGGUCUGAGUCUCCAGACUCCAGGAAGCGGCGCAUCCAUCGGUGUGACUUUGAGGGAUGCAACAAAGUAUACACAAAAAGUUCUCACCUGAAGGCUCACCGAAGGACACACACAGGAGAAAAACCAUACAAAUGUACCUGGGAAGGCUGCACCUGGAAGUUUGCUCGCUCAGACGAACUGACGAGGCAUUACCGCAAACACACAGGAGUGAAGCCAUUCAAGUGUGCAGACUGUGACCGCAGUUUUUCCCGCUCAGAUCACUUGGCACUCCACCGCCGCAGGCACAUGCUGGUUUAAGAAACGCUCCCCGUUCCAGCCGAGUUUAAGAGCUGGGUCUCUUAACUACCCUGAGUGAAUUCAGCAGGGCUGAAUCCCCUCCUACAGUGUUAACAUGCAGGGCAUUCCGUGGUGUCCCUAACAAAAAAUAAUAAUAAAAAUAAAAAAGCAGGAAAAGAAGUGCCACUCUUCUCCUUGCCCUCCGAAGUUAACCUAGUCUGCCCGUCAGCAUGGCUACCCCCCGAAAGUGUCAUCACAGUCACCUGGGAAAUAGCAGCCGAAAAGCUACAAGAAUGGGCAUUAUUUUAAAUGCUAUGUCCUUUGAAAAAAUGUUUAUAGCUUGUACAUUUUCUCUGCCGUCAGACAUUUUGUUCCUGCAAAUUACUGCUGAUUGGAGGAUUAGAUACUGCAAACCAAUGAUGAUGAUGAUGAGAGCAAGACCGCUAAACCUUUGUUAUCCCAUCCUUACCCCUUUUUUUGAAUACCACCUCGCAGGUGUCAGCAUUGCACCCAAGCUGUGCUACAAGCAAGCUGCAUGCGAGCAGAGAAGAAGAUUCUUCCGCUGGAGAGGUCCCACUGUCUGAGGUGAAGGGUCGCUUGAGCAGACUUUUGCAAUAAAGAUGGUGGCAUUUUACUGUUUUACCACAGUUUGUCAGUGAAGGACACCAACCAUUUAGCCUUCUUUUAUCUUUUUUUUUCCUUUCUUUUCUUUCAUUUUGUUGUUGAAGCCUGUAAAAUAAACAAGGGGCAGCAGUAUUUCUGCUAAAAGUACAAUAUUAAGUAUCUGUAUUUUAUCAUGGACUUAUUUGGAACCAUUUCCUGAUUUGUGUAGAGAGAGCCCAUCUAAAAACUACUACCCAUUCUCAAAAUGCAGUCUCCUUUCAUAUAGGCAUCCUCCUUCCAAGACCAGUAUUUGAACACACAGCAAAUAGUCAAACAGAUCUUAUACGCACUGGUACCAAGGUUAAUGGUGUAGCCAUCCAUGAAAUGGAAUUGAAUUUACCAGCAAAACAGGGAAGAAAUGGCUGCAUCUCUUGCAGAUAAAAAGCAAUAAUGAGUAAAAUGGCUUCAACACAAUAAUUUACUCCACACCAACAGAAAGGGGAUAUGCAGAAAUAGCAUAUAAGGACAGCUAAGUUAAUCCUUCUGAAGGUUUUCACUGAUCUGCUAGGUACCACAAUUAAGUACUUUCCUUCAAUGUAAUACUUACUUGUGUCUGGAAGGCAAGCGGGAUAAAGGAGUGAGCUGAUUGUUGAGGAGUGAGUGGAUGAACAGUAAGUAGGAAGGAGAAUUGGUUCGGAAAUGGUGCUCUGCAAGACAUUAGGUUUGUCCCUGGGAGUUAGGGAAUAACAAGAUUUUGCCAGCUGUCUAGUAUGAUAUAAAUGGCCCUUUAUAUGGGUCUCAGUGGCUGCCUCUGCUGGGAUUUUCAAUCCAAGCCUUUUCAUAUUAAAUAAAAGGAAAUUCUUGAUCAUUCCCAUACAGCCGUGUAAUGGUGAAUCAAUUUCUAUUAAUUAAAUUAUGUAGGAACAGGAGAAACUCUUAGUCAUCAGUUGUUCUUGAAAACAGAAUAGUUUUUUCUGUUUUCUUUCCUCGCAAGGCUCCGCCUGUUCAGCUAAAUGUGACAAAAAGGAGGCUUGGCAAGAUUUUUUAUGUGUUGAGAUUUUUAUAGCUUAGAGAUAAAAGAUAGAUACAUAAAGGUCUUCUGCAAUGCAUUUAAUUAUGAAUACUUGGUUCCAGGAAUUGCACAGAUGAAACUUGUGGUGCCACUCAUUCAUUUUUAAAUGUCUGACCGGUCUGAAUUAGCUUCUGAUUCCUGAUAUACUGAUAGUAAUGUCAGGGGGAUUCUGAAAUCAAGAUAAUCUUUAAAAAAACCCAGCACACAGUACUCUUACAAACACUAAAAGCGAUUACAGUUAACUGAGGAUUCAUAUGACUGGAAUAAUACUUUAAAAUAGCGUUUGCAGACCCAGAGUUUGAUUGUCCUUCAGUACAUUCUCGAUGUCCCCCAGCAGUGGAUAAUUUAUCAGCUCUCUAAAAGAACUUCAGCACUGUUAAAACACAGGCUCCCCUCUGUUGAGUGGUCGCACAUAGAAAUCCAAGAAAAUUGCUUGCAGCCAUUGUGGAAGAAUGCCUCUGUCAUUCCCCAUUGACCAGGUUGAUAAUCUACAUGCACAAAAAUCAGCAACAUUUUAGUAUCCUAGUUAGAGUCAGGAAUGUAAGCAGUGGCACCAAGAGUCAGUGUGAAGUUUUAACAGACUGAAACAAAUCAGGGCUUCUGUAUAGGCCAGAAGGAGCAACAGAACUGAGUUUUUACCACAAGUGGUACUUCUGUCCUUUAAAAACUGAUUGUCAGUAUUGUGUGUGAGAUCGGUCAUGGAUAUCAUUUGAGGUCUAUCUUUUAUGUACUUCAGUAUUGUCCCUUUAAAUGGAUCAGUCAUUCUGAAUGUCUAAGGAAAGAAGCCAGGAACAAGUCAAAGGAACAAGUCAAUUUAUAUUUUUUUUUCCUGCCCAGUAGUAUUUUACCCACUGAUUACCUAAAUAGCAGUAAUUGAAUGGAGGAACCUGGGGCAUACAGAAUUCCUUUCAGGAGCUAUGAUUUUUUUCCCAUGAAAAAUUAAGUUUAUUUGACCAGAAACUAUUAAGGCCAUCCUGUUAGCUUUCAAAAGGGGCAGUGAGAGAAGUGAUCUCUGACGUUAUUCGCAAAGGCUGAGUAUUCCCGGGAGAGACUAAUAUCUUCUUCAGGCUUCACCUGUAGUCAGUGGAGAGAGGGAAGCUCCUUUGAGAGCAAUUCAGAGUCCUUAAAUUUCACGACUCUGCUCUGAAUUGCCCCUAGGCAGUCUCUCUGUGCUGACCAUGCAGAGCCUGAGGAGGUUCUUCUCCCCAUGUAGAAAUCCAUCUCUGUGAAUGUCUCUCAGCUGACUGCCUGUUACUUUAUACAUUUGAAACAGAAAGAGGGUCUGAUUUUAUUCAAGGAAUCCCAAAGUGAUAAAGAGAUCAAGCCACACUCACAUCAAGAGAUGUAGGCCUGCUCAGAGCAUGUGAGUGGGAACAGAAUGAAGCCAAGAGAUAAAGGAGUAUAUACUAAAUUUUUUUAUUUAACAGGCAGGAAAUGUAUGCUAAGCAUUUCAAGCACAAAUGAGCUCUCUGUGUAAGGGCUUUUCAUGUUGCCUUUACCUCUAGACAGCUUUCACAACCAGCAAUAGUCUGCCAUUGGGUUCAAGCUCUCAUUGAGAUUUGUGGGAAGUUUCUCAUUCAUAUCAGAGCCCACAGGCUUUGGCCCCAAAUGUUCUGUGGGUUAUUUGUUGUGUUUUCCCUUCAGAAAUACUUUGGAGAAGUUAUUUUGUGGAAGGGAGGUGUUCCGAUGCAGAGCUGAAGUCCCCCAAAUUCUCAGGGUGUUCUUCCAUCGAUGGCUGCAGUUCAGACCUGCCGACUUUUUGUGCUUGUGCAAAGGCUAAGGGGGACUGCUCCGUGCUAGUCUCCUACCGCCACAGCUCUCUGACAUUUCAUAACCCUAUGGAAAGCUGACAUCAGACGUAGCACGCAGAAAUACGUGAUCUCAUCUUGGUGCAGCACCCUUGAUCUCGUACGAUCAGUUGGGAAAUACAAAUGUACACUGUCCCGUUCUUUCAGAAAGAGAGAUUUGUGCUUUUAAGUCUGAAUAAAUGAUGGGUGAAAUCCACUGUGCCCAUUAAAGCUCGCGUGUGAAACUAUGCCACAAAGUGUCAGAUUUCAUAUGUUUUUGAAAGGAUGCUCCCAGAUAUGCAAGGAAAUCUCAGUAGCCAGCAUUGUAUGAAAACAUAAUGAGGAAGCAGCUUUGAUACAGAAUUUUUUAAAUUUUAAAUUGUCUUUAUUUUUUGAACACCUGUUUUAUUCAGCACUGUAAAAUUGGCUCACUGCAACAGCAGUUUAUACUGGGCAUGAGGAUGCAGUAUUCCUUAUUCUCUAUCAUGCUUACACAAUUAAAAUGAAAAAGAGUUAGACUGAGCUGUAUAUAUAUUUGCUGGAAUAAUGUAUAACAAAAUUAAAAAUGUUAAAAAUGACAUCAGUGAUGUUGACCUUUGGGGUAAAUUCACAGUGCAGAGCACGGACAGAUAGCUGGACAGCCUUUCUCCCCUUUUAAUACUGGGGAUAACAAUGAUCAUAACGCUCAUUUUCCAUUAGCCACAUUGAAAAUGUACUCUAGUUGCCAUUUACAAAUUUAUCUUCUGAUAAUAAAUGCUGUUUAAUGGAAAAAAUCUCUUUCUCCUUUAUUGAAGGUGGAUGCCUCAAAAUCGGUGUAAGCUUUACCGUUAAUAUCCUGCUUAUUUUUUUAAUUUGAACUUUAGUUUGGAAAGGUCAGUGUAAGAAACUGCAUCUUCCACAGCAGACAGGUAUAAAGAUCAUGCAGCAAAUCUUCCUUACUCCUACAUCCUCAUCCAUCCACCCUUGCAUAUAAAUCCCAGCACUUCCACAUGCCUCAUCCCAUGUGCAGUUAUAGACAAGCAAUUUACCUUGAUUGGGGGGGGAAAAAAAACAAGAAGAUGAAGAAUCAGAAAUAAGUACUGUAAAAGAAAUAAUACUUUAUUAAGAAACCAGCUUGUAUUAUUGUAUUACGCAUUUGCCUGUGAUUUUUAACUGAAGAUGUGCAUAAAGAAUUUUAAUGGUUGUUAUAUUUUCACAGUUUCAUAACAGAAUAGCAGUUAUUGGGUAACGUAUGCUUAUUAAGUCAUGCCCAUUGGUACCUGAACCAUGUCUAAAUUCUGAUUAAGUUCAGUAGCAGAUAAGUUUUAGGUAAAAAAUGUAACUCUAUGGAUACUGCAUCUUUAAAGAUCAAAGUACAACAAAAGUAUUUUACUAUACUUGUAACAGUUUAAAUAUUCUGUAAUAUAUGUGAUAGUGGAAAAGUAUUUUCAAACUCACAGUUUUACAUGGGGUGUAAAUAGAUGAAAUGAAGUACAUUUAAGAAAAAUCUUUUAGUUUUCAUCAUGAAAAAUGGUUAGAUAAUGCCUUGUAAAACUUAAACACAAAACAUAAGAACGAAAUUAUUCUGUUUUGUCAGAGCAUGUUUUCUCUGCAAAAUGGAGUGGCCGCUUCUUUGCUUUUUUGCAGAUGGUGUGCGAUAUAGUGAAGUCAUACAGAGUCCUUCAAUGUUGAAUAAGUCAAAACUCAGAAUGUCUUUGAUUGAACAAAGAAAAAAACCACCAAAUCAAAAUAAUGAAAAACAUAUGAAAAGUGGAUUUUUCUGUUCCCCCUUCUGGCAAUUUACAGUGAACAGCAGAUACAGUAACAGCAAACUCUCAUUUGAUUUUAUUUGUUUCUGAAUUUCCCCAACUGAAAUAUAUCUUGAACGAAGGUUGCAGAGCUAAAAUAGGCAGCUGCUCUUUGCUGAUUCCAGGGGAGUUUAGCUUUUUAGGUGCAGUUGCAUGUCAGCAAAAUCAACUGUGGCAGGACAGUUGUGACAUUUAAAAUGCACAAACACUUGCAGGAAGAUAACCUAAAAUCUAUUUUAAAAGAUGAAACAGAAACUGAAAGUGCCUGUUAUUAGAACUGAAGGGAUGUUGCUAUACUUUUACACAGCAAUAACUUACAGGAUUCUAUUAUCAGUAAGAUGAAAAUAAAAUUAUGCUGGGAGAACAAUAAUGCAGCACAGAAACAAAACACAAAGUGCCAUUUGUAUUUUCACAUGUCGAGAUAUUGUGUUAGAGGUUUUAGUUUUUUUCUCAGAUAAGGUCUGUCAUAUACUUGUAAGAAGAAAAUGGAUCUUAGUUUACAAAUGACUCAUACCCAUAUCGAUUCUAAAUAGGUCUAAGUGGAGGUCAUUGUCAAGCAGUGUUUUAGGGGAUUUCUUCCUAACUUAUGUCUGAUUUGCCCGUGUAUCCAGGGUAUUCUCUAGUGAAAUAAUCCAAAAAAACCCAGCAAUAAGCGCAAUGGAACUUUCUUAGGGUAUAUGCUAGAAUGGAGAUUGUCUUGAAAAAAAUCCUCUGCAUUGAACUCUGGAAACACAGAAUUCACCUCAUGUCUCCUUUUUGUGCUUUGUAUGUUUUCUUAGUAUUUAAUAUCGUUUUAGAACUGGUUGACUUCAGGAGUGGACAAAAUAUGUCAUUUACCUUUUUUUUUUUUGGAGGCAAGUGAGUGGAAAAUGGGGGGCUGCCAGUCUAGAGACUAUUUGAAUAACAAACAAGAAGCUGAUAUUCAUAAAGUAAGGAGCUUUUCCUAUGGAGUAGCCUAAACAAUUGCAUCAGUAGACUAAUUGUUCUGACUAAAAAUGGCCAGCUGUGUCUCUUCCACUCUUUUUUUUUCCAAUUAUUACUAUUUUUUUAAUCUGCUAGGUUUCUGUCAAAAAAAAAAAAAGAUUAUUAAGUGAUGCUAAUGGAUUCUUAAAAUAGUGGUGUAAUGCCAUGCCUCAUGCUUCUUCUGUUUAUAAAAGUGAAUCUAUUGGAGAUCAAAAUGUAACUGGUUGUCCUAAUGCAUUUGCCAAGUGAAUCACAGGAAGAUUGCUUUCCAUGCUCUAAAUUUGUACCUGUCAUUUAUCCAUGCAAGAAUUGUGUACUUGCAGAAUUCCACAUUUUGUGUAGAUUUUGGCCACGGGCCUGGGGGUUGCUGUUUGAGUGGGAGAGUGGGUGGGUUUGGUUUUUACUCACUGAGGCAAGAUACUGUGUGCACAAAGACUUACAGAAAAAAAGUGGAGGUGCAAAAAAAGCACGCAUGGAUCUGCGUGCAAAAACUAGGCAUUUAUGCAUGUCAGUUAAUCAUGUGACCUGACUGCUAGUUUAGUAACAACUUAUUUUUAAAUCUGUUAGCCAUCGGUGGAAAUAAUCACAUCAGAACGUGCGCAUACUUACUCCGUCAUCCUGAACUUAAUCUCCAGAUAUUAAGCACAUAAAAGAACUCAAUUCAUGCUGGGGAUUUUAGGAGAGCACCAGGGAAUGUGUCAUCAGAAGGACAAAGGAAACUUUAGUUUCUUAUUUAGUCCAUGGGCUGCUGUUGAAGAGAAGUGGUUUUUUCUUUGUUCUGAAGCAGCAAUGCUAUGAAGAGACACCUUUAGAAACUUGUAGUGUUAGGAGGUUUAGCCCACUCCAGCAUUGCAUGUGUUAGUUCUUGCACUGGAAAGGGCGCAUAGUCUUCAUCAUCCCCAAAUAAGCCAUGCUUUUUUUGCCUCGUUCUGAAAAAUUAACAGAGAGAUGCUUUUAUCUUAGUUUCGUUGAUUUACCAGCAUACCUCUAUUAGCAGCUUGUGUUUAUUGACUUCAAAUUAUGAAAUGAACUGAAUUACUCUUGUAGUGUUUGUUAGCUUUUUUAGUACCCAGUCAUUAAGUCCUCUGGACAAGCAAAAAUUUGAUGGGGAUUUUGGCUAUUAUGAGAAUGAGGAUAGUAAAGAUUAUUUGGGGUCUGUGUGUGUGACCUGCAACAUUUUCCCCAGCUCAGUCUCAAAACUUUCAGUGAGCCAAAAUGUCAGUAAUAAAAGGAAACAUGAAUGUUGUUUCACAUAUUGACUUGCUCUGUGCUAAUAAAUCUUGCUGUGAACCCUGCAUUUGAAAAGUAACAAUACAGUGUCUGGUAAGGGGACACACUCAAAUAGGUGAUGGCUUGUCAUGGAUUGUCAUAAGCAUGAACCAUGGAGUGCAGAAAUAGGGUCAGAUACUGCUUUUCUCCCUGUUGCUGCCUUUCAGAUGUGAAGAGCUUCUUUAGAAAGACUGUUUGAGCCAUAAUCUUUGCAUCAGAACUGAUCUUUUUCAAAAAUCAGAGUUUAUUUUCUCAUUUAUGGUUUCAAACUAUUUUUCAUUGCUAUAUUAAUGUCUUAUUAUUAAUAAAAAAGCACAGUUUAUUUCUUUCCCAGUUGUCCUAUACAUUGCUUUCUUGUUAAUCUAAGUUCUCUGGUGAACACUUACACGUUAUGCUCACUUGACCUGCUGUCUGUCCCUAAAAUGUUAUAUCUGCCAUUGCACUUACAAUAGAACAUACACAGAGAUAGUAAUGGAUUAAUGAAGUUUCAUGCACCAGCCUUAAAACCUUCAACCCACACACACAGACACACACAUUCAUAUGCUUUAAGUGAAAGAGCAAUUUGGACACUGCUGUUAAUAUGUGGGAUCAAAAAUAGCAUUAAAUUGGAGAGUUCUUUCAGCUGUGUUUAGGAAGAAACAACAGAAUAAUGAAAAAUACCAUUCUUGGCCAAGUCACUUAUGGAUGAAACAAAUUCCCCUAUGGCCUUAGUUAAAUGUAAUCAUAAGGACGGGGUUGCAUUUGGCCCCAGUUUGUUCCUUUCAAUCAGGCUGUUAUUUUUCUAUAUACCAAUGAAUGCUCAUUUGAUCCUCCUGUGUAAAAAUACAAAAACAUCCCUUAGUUUACAAAGUGAUUAAUUUGAGACUGAAGCUUCACAACAAUGGAAUUAGUAUGUACAGCACCUGAUUCUCUUUCCUAUGAUAAGAUGUGAAAAGGAGGGUCAUUAUUGGUAACCCCAUAGAGAAAAUAGUGUCAAUAGAGGUCCUAUACUUAAAAGGAUUAAAAAUGCCAGAGCUAGCAAGCAAACUUAUUAGUUUCUUAAGUCUUUCUUUUGCCUUCUUUUCAAAGGAUUUUAAAUGCAAAAGUUACUUUUCUUCAAAAAUGAAAUAAGUGAUCAUCUGAAGAUCUAAUUUCCCAAUAGUUUCCUCUGCAUUUAUAUACUAUGUAGUGUUUAGGCAACACCUAUGUUAUAAGUUUAUUAAUAUUAUGUAAGUGUUGUUCUUGUAUUUAUGUAAAGUGUAUGUAUUGUAAAUAUACUCAGAGCUUUUUUUCCUCUUACUGUAAAAUGGUGAUUUUUGCCCUAUGAUAAUGUAAAGGGAGUCCCCUAAUGAAAUUCUGUCAGAGGAUGAUUAUUCCAGUCUAUUCUCAAAGAUUUAAAUGAACAAGUGUUAUCGUUUUUAAUGGUGUCUCGGACAUAUUUUGUUGGUGCAUUGCUUUUCUGUAUUCAACUUUCCUAUGAAUUGAGCUGUGAAUUGAAAUAGAGUUUAAACCUUUAAAUGUAUGCAUUUGUAUAAUUAUCUGAAUGGAGGCAUGAAGGUUAAAUAAAGCAUUUUGUAUGGAACAAAA